UGUGCCAUUGCCGGGAGCCAAUCUGCCUCUCUCCGGGAAUUCUAGAGAGAGAAAGCGGAGGGGGAAAGAGAGAGCCUUCUGGAAUCUUCGGAUGCCCUAAUUCUCCUUCUGUCUCUCUCUCUGACUUUGCGAGAGGCCUCAAGAUCGAGUUGUUGGUCUCAGCUCAUUCUUUUGGGCGUUUCCGGUCAUCCUUGGUUGGCUGGUUGGUGGUAUUGGCGGCUGCCCCAGAGAAGGAGAGAUGGCAGAGGAUCCUCAGAGGCUGAAGAAGAUCGCGGCGGGGGCGUAUGACUACGAGAACGACCCACGAUGGGCGGACUACUGGACCAACAUCCUUAUCCCUCCCCACAUGGCCUCCCGUCCGGACGUCAUCACCCACUUCAAGCACAAGUUCUACCAGCGAUACAUCGACCCUGACCUUGUCGUUGAACCUAUGUCAUCUUCCACUUCUUCACAAUCGACAAGAACAUCAUCUUCAUCUGCUUCUUCUUCAUCACCUGCAAAUGAGCAAGCCCGCACCAGGAACACUGGGUCUGAGACUGGAACAACAACAAGGACAAAUGCCGCACCUGGUCAACUACGUUGGGACCGGCAAUCCAUUCAGUUCUCUGUGAAUGCUUGGGUCUUUGUUGUGACUUUGUUGGCAAUCCUUCCUCUUGUACCCCAUACAUUGUCAAAUAAGGCAUAUCGAUUGGCUUUGCUGGGAACAGCAAUUUCAUCUGGAUAUUCUCUGUACUCAUUAUAUGGGAAGCCUAGAGCAUGGAACUUGCAGGCCGUGCAAGUAUGGUUUCAAUCUGUGGCUUCAACGAAGGAUUUUAUCUACCUUCUCUACUGUCUCAUUUUUGUUUCAUCACAGACUCAUGUCAAAUUUUCUCUAAUACCUGUGCUUUGUCGAGUACUCGAGCAUGUGGCAAAGUUCCUAAGACGCAAUUUUAAUCAUUCCAAUUUUUAUAGGAAAUACUUGGACGAUGUAUGCCUCUGGGUGGACUCAAACACUACGACCCUGAGCAUCUUGAGUUCAAAUGCAGAGAUUGGGCUAGGAUUUCUUCUCAUUAUCGCACUUUUCUCGUGGCAACGUAAUAUCAUACAAGCGUUCAUGUAUUGGCAGCUCUUGAGGCUUAUGUACCAUGCUCCUGCAACUGCUGGCUAUCAUCAGAGUGGAUGGGCUAAGCUUGGUCGGGCUGUAAAUCCUUUAAUCAACCGCUAUGCUCCAUUCCUGCGGACCCCGAUUGCAGCAGCCCAGCGUUGGUGGUUCAGGCAAUGAGUCACUGUUUCUUCUUUUUGGUUGUCAUUUGCUUUUUAGGCCUUUAGGAAAAAAGAAGAUGCAUUAUUUUCGCUUUCCAUCUUUUAAGAAAAGAUGGUUUAGACACUGAAUUCUGUAACACGAAAAGGUUCCACGAUCUGACUUCCUUUUCAUUAAUUUAAUCUUUUGUCCUAGUUGGUAUUCCA